GCCGUCGCUUGCGCCGCCGCGUCGCGCCGCGGCGCCCGUAACGCUUGACGAUGCGCCUCCGCUGCCUCCUCGCGCUCGCCAUCACAUCAACUGCGGAGGAGAUCGCGCCGGAGCUGCUGAAGGACCCCGAGCCCGCCCCGGCCGCCGACCACAGCAUCGAGGCGCACCUCAAGGCCGCGGCGCCGGAGCCCCCGGCCGCCGAGUCGCCGGCGCGGGCCCUGGAGCGGCUCGUGGCCCGGGGCCGCUUCGGCGAGGCGGCGACGCUGGCCAAGGCCGGCGGCGCGGGCCUCGCGGCGGCGCUCGAGGCCGGCGUCGCGAGUUACACGGCGGCGCUCGACGCCGUGCGCGCGGCGGCGGCGGGCCCGCGCGCGUCGGCCCCCGUCGCGAACAGCGGCGCCGUCGGCGGCGCCGUCGUCGUCACGCCGGCCUUCCGCUGGGCGCAGAACGCGAGCCACCUCUUCGUCGAGGUCCGCUUCGCGCACUCGCUGACCGCGCCCGCGAACACGGACGCGUACGUCGAGUCGGCGACCGUCCAGGCGCGGUCCUGCGCCCUGGACGCCGCGACGAAGCACGCCAGCGGCAAGCGCUGGGCCCUGCGCCUCGAGGAGCUCUGGGACGAGCUCGACGCGGCGGCGAGCGACACCGCGGCCGCGGCGUCCGCGGGGCGCGCGGUCAUCUACCUGGGCAAGCGCCACGUCGGCGUCAAGUGGCCGCGCCUCGUCGCCUGCGGCGUCAAGGCGCCGGCCCACAGCGCCAUGUGGAUGGACAUGCAGCAGGCCCUGGGCCUCGACUACUUCCCGGGGGAGACGGCCGACGACGCGUGCGAGGGCGUCGAGCCCGCGGCGCGGGCGACGACGACGACGACGGAGGCCGAGGCCGACGCGGCCUUCGAGGACUUCCUCGACGACGCCCUCGCCGACGACGCGCCGGCGGCGCCCGCGACGACGACGGCCGCGCCGAAGAAGAAGAAGAAGGCGUCGCCCGAGGAGCGGGCCGCGCGCGCGGCCGUCAAGGCCCUCAAGAAGAACGCGACGAAGGCGCGCAAGGCCGUCGCCGAGGACGUCGCCAGGCGCCGCAAGGCCGUCGAGGCGGACCUGCGCGCCGCGAACCUCAAGCUCCGCGAGGACCACGACGCGCGGGCCAUGUUCGUGGAUCACGCGCCAGCGUGGGUGCCCGCGUGGCUGCCGCGGCGCCUGCUCGUGCGCGACGGCGUCUGGACGCUCUUCCUCAACGUGGCCCGCGCGCGGCGCGACGAGGCGCACAAGGCCGCGCUCCACGCCAAGCUCACGAAGUUCGGCGCGGCGUCGGCGUCGGCCGCGGCGGCCGUCGCCGGCGCCGCGCUCCUCAGCGGCGCGGGCGCGGACGUCGCGCUCCUCGCGGUCGUCGUCGCCGCCGUCUUCGUCGCCGCCGUCGCCGUGCUCCUGCGCGCGCUCCACGCCGCGGCCGCGGUGCUCGCGGGGACCAUCGGCGGCGGCGUCGCCGUCGUCGUGGGCUACCCCUUCGAGACGGUCAAGGUGCGGCUCCAGACGGGCACGACGCGCCACCUCUUCCGCGACCUCUUCUCGGGCGUGACGGCGCCGCUGACGACGGUGACGCCGGCCUGGGCCAUCAUGUACGCGGCCUACUACGGCGCCCAGAGCUGGCUCGCCACCAAGGCCCACUGGGAGCUCUCGCCCGUGGCCAAGGGCGCGGUCUCGGGCGCGCUCUGCGGCUUCGCGACGGCGGCCGUCACCGUGCCCACGGACGUCGUCAAGAUCAACGCGCAGCGCAUGCACUGCAGCGCGCCCGAGGCCUUCCGCAAGCUCCUGAGCAAGGGCGGCCCGGGCUUCCUCGUCCACGGCGGCGUCGCGACGGCCGUGCACCUCACGGCGUCGCAGGCGAUCUUCUUCGGGACCUACGAGUACGCGCUCAGCCGGCUGGCGUCCCGCGCGGCGCCGGCGGCGCCGGCGGCGCCCGUGCCCCGGGUCGACUACGCGCCGGCCAUCGCCGGCGGCCUCUCCGGCGUCAUGGAGUGGACGUGCUGCAUGUCGUCCGACUCGGUGAAGACCCGCUACCAGUCCGGGCCCAUGGGCGCGUCCUACGUCGGCGUCUGGCGCUCCGUCUACGCCACCGAGGGGCCCCGGGGCUUCUACCGGGGCUACGCGCCCGUCAUCCUCCGCGCCGUGCCCGUGAACGCGUCCACGUUCUUCGUCAUCGAGUACGUCAACGACGCGAUCCGCCGCCACCUCGUCGAGGAGAAGCGGCGCAACACGACGCGGCCCGCGCCGGCGGCCGCGCCCGCCGUUUACCUUCUGACCAUGGAGAUCAUCGACGAUUCGACGCCCAUGCCCAUGGCCGAGACGCGGUCCUGCCGCAUCUGCGGCAUCGUGGGCCACCUGGCGCGCAACUGCCCGUCGGCGCCCGCGGAGACGCGGACGUGCCGCGUGUGCGGCGCCGUCGGGCACAUCGCGCGCAACUGCCCGGACCAGGACGGCGCCCAGGCCCGCCAGGACUCGCGGCGCUGCCACGUCUGCGGCGAGGUCGGCCACAUCGCCCGCAACUGCCCCAACGCGACCGCCGACACCGCGGUGCCCGAGGGCGGCCGCCGCAAGAAGGGCGGCGUCGCGGGCCGGCGCUGCUUCAACUGCGGCAAGACGGGCCACCUCAGCGCCGACUGCGACCUCCCCGCGGGCAACAUGGCCUGCUACAACUGCGGCGAGAUCGGCCACAAGUCCGCGGACUGCCCGAACUAGGCCCGCGGGGAGCGAAGCGCGCGGCGCUCGAGCUGAAGUAAGCCGGCUGGGAAGCG